UUCUUUCCCUUCCUCUGCUGCCCAUGCGUCAAUGCUUUCCUCCUUUUCACUUCCUGCUGAUCCUGAGCUGCUUCUGUGUGUUUCUUCCCAGCCCUGCUCCCCAUCGCCUGUGGACACUGCAGCCGGCAGCACAGUGCUGUCCGUUGGGCAAGCCUUCCUACUCCAGUACCCGGGAUCCUAAGAACGAGCCGACUAGGUCCUUUUCCCCAAUCCUCUCGCCAACUCAAAUCUCUCAGGUUGCAGGCCCGGUUUCGUUUUAUUUAUUUGCCGUUUGUUGUUAUUGGUAUUGCUUUUAGGAACCAUCAUGGCAAUGAGACAGACCCCGCUGACUUGCUCUGGACACACUAGGCCCGUGGUUGACUUAGCUUUCAGCGGAAUCACGCCAUACGGUUAUUUCUUAAUCAGUGCUUGUAAAGAUGGCAAACCUAUGCUGCGCCAAGGAGACACAGGGGACUGGAUUGGAACGUUUCUGGGUCACAAGGGUGCUGUUUGGGGAGCCACCUUAAACAAAGAGGCCACCAAGGCGGCCACUGCUGCUGCAGACUUUACUGCCAAAGUGUGGGAUGCUGUGACAGGGGAUGAACUCCUCACUCUAGCCCACAAGCACAUCGUCAAAUCUGUAAACUUUACUCAGGACAGCAAUUACCUUCUAACUGGUGGACAUGACAAAGUGUUGCGCAUUUAUGACUUAAAUAAGCCAGAAGCAGAACCUCAGGAGAUCAGCGGUCAUACCUCAGCCAUUAAGAAAGCACUAUGGUGCAACAAUGACAAGCAGAUCCUCUCAGCCGCUGAUGAUAAAACAGUGUGCCUGUGGGAUCGGAGUAGCAUGGAGGUGGUAAAGACUCUGCCCUUCGACGCCUCAGUCAGCAGCAUGGAGUACAUUCCAGACGGGGAGGUGCUCGUCAUCUCCUACGGGAAAACUGUGGCAUUUUACAACGCGCUCAGCCUGGAGUUGAUCAAGACGGUUGACGUCCCGGCUUCAGUGCACUCCGCUUCCCUUCACCCUGAGAAGGAUUUCUUUGUUGUUGGAGGAGACGAUUUCAAGCUCUACAAAUAUGACUACAGCACUAAAGAGGAACUUGAAUCCUACAAGGGACACUUCGGCCCAGUUCACUGUGUGCGGUUCAGCCCGGAUGGAGAAUUGUACGCCAGCGGUUCUGAGGAUGGAACACUGAGACUCUGGCAAACUGCAGUUGGCAAAACUUACGGCUUAUGGAAAUGUGUACUUCCUGAGGAGCUGGUUUCUGAGAACUCGGAUGCAAUUUACAACACUGCUCCUGAAAUCAAGGCAUGAGCACCAACACACCACAUGCACAAGAGGGAAAAACGACAAAAGAAUGGACUGCCCUGGUUCCUUUUGGAUACGGAGACCAAAACUCGGAUUGCACAGUUACGAAUCUGAGGCUUGGCAGAGUAGAAACUCCUCCUCACCUCCUCAUCUUCAGGCACUUGUGGGAAUUUUACUGGCUAACUAAAUACCUGGGACGCUGAGAGUGUUUGUCUGAAACAAUUAAAAAAAAAAAAAAAAAAAAAAAAAGUAAGGCAAGUAGUAGACCUGUGUUCCCCUGCACAGCUGCCUGCUGCCUUCUCUGUUGGCAACACUGCACCUAUUGGAUGUAUCAGUAUUUCUAACGCUGUAGUCAUGUUUACUGUUUUUUUUCUUAGUUUUAAAAUCUAGAAAGUUGAUUUUUUUUUUUUUUUGCUGGUGCUUGCAAGUUUCUAAGAGGCAGGAGGAUUUUGUUUUAUUGUGAUUUACUGGAAAACAACGGAAUGAGAGAGAGGCAGGUGUGUUUGUUUUUGUUUUGUUUUUUGGUUCUUAGCUUUUGUUUUACAAGGACUUCUGUUUAACGUCGGCGGUGAUUUCUGUUGUCAGAGACAAAAAAAAAAAAAAAAAUAAUAAAAAUGUUUAAAUGUU